GUCCUCUCCUUCACUUUUCCUCCAACUUUCUUGCCAGCAAAACCUCAUUCGUUUCCUCAACCUCGCUCCCAAUCCCACUUGCUUCAUUUAGCUUUAAUCCCACAACAAUUCUAACCAUGGCGCUCGGUCGUAGUCUACUCAAGCUCCUACAGACCGUCCUGUAUGCCAUCGAAUUCUGUUGCGCAGCAAUCAUUCUAGGCAUCUUUUCAUAUUUCCUCGCCGUCCUCGCCAAGAAUGAUCUGGAUAUUCCUCGCUGGCAGCAGGCCGUCGAGGGUAUCUCGGGGGCAGCAGCUCUGUACUUGAUCUUCGCCGUCCUCCUCACCUGCUUCCUAGGCGGAAAGCCCUUCUUCGCAUUCCUUGCCAUUGCCCUGGACGUCCUAUUCUGCGGCGGCUUCAUCGCCAUUGCGAUCUUGACCCGCGAUGGCGCAAACAGUUGCACGGGCGACGUCAAGACGCCGUUCGGAGACGGUCCUGGCGAAAAAGAAGCUCCUGGCGCUGGCGACUACGCCACCGCAUGCCGAUUGAACAAGGUGGCAUUCGCGGUCUCGAUCAUCGGAGCUGGCCUCUUCCUCAUCUCAGCGCUCAUACAGCUCGCGCUCGGCCGUAAUUACCAGAAGGAGAAGCGAUAUGGCCCAUCGCCCGCGAACAACUACACCUCCGGCACUGGAUCUCACUGGUGGCGUCGCAACCGUGGUCCUCGCACCACCAAGGAGGCAUACGCCGCCGAGCCGGAAUACGCUCCGGCUUCUGAAUCAGGUCUCACUGGCGGGCCCCGCGAUGUUCUCCCUGAAGGCAGCACCAACGGCACCAACGCCAGCUACGGGACUGGAUAUCACACUGCCCCGACUGGUACUAGCACUGGCAACCCUUACGAAUACAACCGGACGCCUGCUACCAACUAUUAAUGAAUUCUCCAUUUGAAUUUCCCAUCCAAUUUGUCAUAUCAGCGUCGCUCGGGCUUUCGGUCAACAUGGGAAGGACAUUACUAUAGACAGGAUUACGGCCGAGUUUCUUCAAUCUCAGCAUAUGAUAUCCCAAUGAUUGCUCAGGA